UUAUCUGUCUGUGUUUAAGGUGUUUAAGGCUAUUUUUAUGUUCAGAAUUUAAGAACUAUGACUGAAUGACGUCUUCAUAUUUAUUAACUGUUAUUUGUUCAGACAAGCAAUUCUGAUGUUGUAACCUGAGUUUGCAUUAAUCGUUCAGCCAUUACGGUAAUGUUGUAAAAGCCACUCCUCCUCCGUGUGAUCCUCUAUGGACAGUGAGCAGCUCCUUUCUGCACUCCAUCAUCGACAUCAUUAUCUGGGGGAAAACGCGAGAGGCGGACAGUGGAAAAAUGUCACCCGGAGUUGGUGUCUUUCCCCCGUAGACAUGAGCACCGUCAUCCCUCUUCCUCAUUCCGUCCGAAGUUGCUCACACCAUGAGGAUCCACUGCAAAAUAGUUGUGGUCGCCGUGUGUUUGGGAGUUUUUCUACUUUUGUACUUUUUGGGGGGCAAUGCAGCGGACGAUCCGCUGUUAGAAAAAGUUGAGAAAGAGGUGAACAAGGAAAAGGUGAAGGACAACAACUCCCACUCGCGGACUCUUGGGCACAGACGCGAUGCUGCGCCGAAGUUUGCCGAUAAAUCAUCGGUCGGGGUCGGUGUGCGUCCCGGGUUGAGUUCAGGGGCACGGAGAGAGGAUAAAGCGAUCAGUAGAGGGGGCAGCGUGAAGGCAAAGAGCAAAUCGCAAAGCAAUGUGGGUCGACCUGCGAGGAAGCAAACCCAGCCGGGGGAGUUCAUGCACUUGGCUGUGGUGGCUUGUGGAGACCGUCUAGAUGAGACCCUCACCAUGAUUAAGUCAGCUCUGCUGUUUAAUCUCAAGAAGAUCAAGUUUCACAUUUUUGCUGAGGAUCCUUUGGCUCCACAGUUUGAAAAAAGGUUGAAGCAGUGGCCUCGCUCUGUAUCAGUUAAGUUCCAGUACGCCAUAUACCCCAUCACUUUCUCUGUGGGAGAUGCUGACGAGUGGAAGAAGCUCUUCAAGCCCUGCGCUGCUCAGAGGCUUUUUUUGCCCGUCAUCCUGAAGGACGUGGAUUCACUUCUCUACGUGGACACAGAUGUUCUUUUCCUGCGGCCCAUGGACGACAUCUGGAGUUUCUUAAAAUCCUUCAACAGCACUCAGCUGGCAGCCAUGGCCCCAGAGCAUGAAGUCCCCAAGAUAGGCUGGUACAGCCGCUUUGCACGCCACCCUUUUUACGGGGUCACGGGGGUCAACUCCGGCGUCAUGCUAAUGAAUCUAACAAGGAUUCGCAGCACAUUAUUCAAAAACAGUAUGAUCUCCAGUGGUCUGAUGUGGGAGGAUCUUCUACAUCCACUCUAUCAGAAGUACAAGAACCACAUCACUUGGGGAGACCAGGAUCUCCUCAACAUUAUCUUCCACUACAACCCAGAAUGUCUCUACAUCUUUCCCUGUCUGUGGAACUACAGACCUGAUCACUGCAUGUAUGGGAGUAACUGUAAAGUGGCUGAAGAGGAGGGUGUGUCCAUCCUCCAUGGCAACCGUGGAGUGUAUCAUGAUAACAAGCAGCCUGCAUUUAAGGUCGUCUAUGAUGCAAUACAGGAGUUUCCCUUUGAAGACAACUUGUUCCAGUCACUCUUCUACCCCAUUCAGACCAAGUUCCUGGAGACAGUCAACACCCUAUGUGGUCGAAUUCCUCAGGUUUUCCUAAAGCAGAUAGAAAAAACCAUGAGGAAGGUGUACGAAGAGAGAGUGAUUAAGCACGUGAGGUCACACAAAUGACCAAAAGGGACAAGCAUAGAUGUACGAUGACUUUCCUUCGCCGGAUCAUGCCGAGGGACAUUGUACUGUAAAUUAUACAUCCUCAGUAUGCUUUUGCAGUGUAUUCAUCACGUGACACUUGGUGGAAGAAUGGUUUUAUGCACACUCACAGACUCUAAUGGUGUGGGUAAAAGACCAUUGUGUACAGUGGAGCAUUCAGUGCUGGUCAGUGAUGCUGUACAAUUGGGUUGCCUCAUCACCUCCUCGACAUAGUGAUUGAGGGACUGCAGAGAUUUCAUUUUUCAGGAACAAUGAAGCGUCAGCUCUUCAUCCUAUUUGUAAAAAAGAAAGAAAGAAUGAAUCUAUUUUACAGUGUUUAAGUACUUGUCUAUUUUUUACUCAUGGAUUUUGUAAUAAAGCCAACUCUGUGCUUUUCUCUGAGUAGCACAUCCAUAAACCACUUUUGAAAAGAUGAUGUGAAUAAUAAACCUGUAGUGAUCCUGACAAGUGAGCCUGUGUGAAUUUGGAGUUACUGCUUCGUUGUGCAGUUUUCAAAUGCCACUGACAGUAUACAAUACAGGAAAUCUCUGAACUUGAUUGUUACGAAAUGAAUGUUUAAAAUGCACUUUUAGAAUGUUUGUAUUACCUGUUGGCGGUUUUGGACAUGACAUGUUACACUUUGUAGUGGGGGGAAAAAAGCGUGCUGAAUGGUUGACAUGUUACAGCUGAUUAUGUGCCGUAUAUUCUGUUAUGUUUACUACCAUAAGAUAUAAGCGAUAUUUACGUGUUCUGUGAAUUUCAGAAAUGUAAACCUGUGAGUCAAAUGUAAUGUAUCAACUCCACAUGAAUCAUAUGAUUUAAACUGGGAAAAACAAAUGGCCAUUGUGUCUUCAAAAUAAAACAUUGCAAAA